UCAUCGCAGAUUCCGAGAGUGUUGUUUCUCGGUCGCAAAUCCGGAUCGUCGCGAAAGCAACCAAAAACAAAAAAUGCGUCGUCGCGCGGGCGUCGGUGCCAUCCAGAAGCAGAAGCUCGACGCGGAACGGUACCGGGACAAGGGCACCGAGCUGCAGGACUCGCAGUUCGAGCAGAUGGUGCGCCAGAUGGAGGUGCUGAAGGAGGGCCUGGAGGAGUUUGCCGCGAAGCACAAGGCGGAAAUCCGGAAGAAUGCCCAGUUCCGGCGGCAGUUCCAGGAGAUGUGUGCCGCGAUUGGGGUGGAUCCGUUGGCCUCGGGGAAGGGCUUUUGGAGUGUGCUGGGGAUGGGAGAUUUUUACUACGAGCUGGGAGUGCAAGUGGUGGAGGUUUGUUUGGCCGCGAAUCACAGCACCGGGGGUUUGAUGGAGCUUGAGGAGCUGAGGAAUCGGUUGGUGGCUGCGCGAGGGCGUAAGCAGAUCCACCAGGAAAUAACCAACGAGGACAUUUUGAUGGCGACGAAGAAGUUGAACAUUUUUGGUAAUGGAUUUACGGUUUAUCCGGUGGGCAAGGGACGCCACAUGGUGCAGUCAAUUCCGGGUGAGCUGAGCCUGCAGGAGACGUCGGUGCUGAGUGCGGCCGCCAACCAGGGUCAGGGAUUCGUGACGAAGUCGUCGCUGAUGGCGGAGCUUGGCUGGAGCGAGCAACGUGCCAAACAGGCCGUCGAUAAGAUCGUUUCCGAUGGGCUCGCGUGGGUGGACCAGCAGGGCGACGAGGAAUCCUACUGGUUCCCGAGUCUUUUCCCCGGUCGACAGUGAUGCAAAUUGUGAUAAAACUAUUUAAAAUCAAUUAUU